AUGACCGCCUUCUCGGGCUUCGCGGAGUGGAGCGAGCCGUCGCCUCCGGUCGCGAGGAGCGCGGCGGGCAGCGCCGUGGGGGAGGGGCCUCCGAUGCUCGGCGUCGUGAGCUCGCGGCCCACGUCCAGCUCCAGCUCCUCGACCCGGCGCGUCUCGCUCGUGCCUCCGCCGGCCGACCCGCCCGCGGCCGAGGACCUGCCGGCGGUGCCCGAGUGGCGCUCGCCGCGGCAGCGGUGGCGCGACGCGGCGGCGACCACGCUCGCGUUCACGCUGCCGCUCCACGCCCUCGGCUGCGUCGGCAGCCGCGCGCUCGAGGGGCUCGUGGCGAUCCGGCCGCAGGCGGCGGACGAGGAGCUGCUCUGCUCGGCGAGGGUGCUCGAGCUGGCGCCGCUGCUGAGCCCGGUGCUGCCGCUGAGCCUGCCGGACAACGAGGCGAUCCGGCUGAUGGUGCGCGUGCUGCGCGCCAAGCUCGCGGGCGGCAGGACCAUCCUCGUCUUUGAGGAGUGGCACUGGAGGGGCGGGGUCACCGAGUCCACUCCCUCGAUUUCAGUGACUCCUUGGUUGAGUAAAGGACGCGCAGAGCCCAAGCUGCCGCCCGAGGGCACCGCGCUGCUCGCCGCCGCGAGGCGCUCCGAGCUGUCCGGCUUGCGCGCGCACGAGGUGGAGGAGCUGCUGCAGCGCACGCUGGGCGUCGACUCGCUGCCCACCGCGGUGGCGCGCGAGAUCAUGGACCGGUCCGCCGGCAACCCGCUCUUUGCGAUGGAGUUCGCCCUCGCGAUGCGCGACGAGGGGCUCGUGCAGAUCGUCGACGGCCGGUGCGAGCUCAAGGUUUCGCUCGACCUCAUCGACUUCCCGCCCUCGGUCGAGGCCCUCAUCACCUCGCGCUUCGACCGGCUCCCGCCCGCCUCGCUGCUGCUGCUCAAGGUUGCGGCGGUCUGCGGCUCCGAGUUCUCCGUGGAGGCCGUCAAGCGGAUGCUCUCGCGCUCAGACAUCGACGGCAACGGCGCCGCCGGCGCGGCCAUCGGCAUCCCGGCCGACGCGAUCGAGCCGACGCUCGAGACGCUGACGCUCAACGAGGCGCUCGUCGCGUUUGAGAUCGAGCGGCAGCCGCUCGAGGGCUACACGGACGGCGCGCUGGCGUGGCGCUCAUUGAUUCUUAAUUCUUAG